AUGAUAUUUUUUUACUUCGAUUAUGACAACAUUUUCCCCCAAUGUACAACAUAUUAUAACAAUGCCACAAGCGAAAGUUUAUAUAAUAACAAUACUAAAAUUAAAAAUGCGUGUGAAACAAUGGUUCAUAUGUUAGGAGUUAAUAUAAAUAAGGAAAUAUUUGUAAGUGAGUGUCUAGUACUUAGUUAUUUUUUAAAUGGCAUAAAGUCUACAGAAAAUGAAAAAAAAAUACCUUGUAAUUAUUUCAACUACAAGCUAAAAAAUGUAUUGAGGCAGUGUAAAUGCACGUAUCAGGACACAGAAACUGCUUAUCGUCAUAUGAAUAAUGCUUAUAAUCAAGAAAAUUUACAAAAUUAUAAUAUUUGUAGCAAUGAUCUUAAAAAUCUUAAAGACGAUAUAUUUUUUAAUUUAUCAUUUCUGGAAUGGUUGUAUUUUUAUCUUGAUAUAUACAAUGGAAAAAAAAAUGAUGGUAGUUUUCAAUGUCCCUACGGAAGCUUUGAUUAUAAAAAAUAUUUAAUCUUUCUGUCAGAAUGUAAGGGUAAUCAUAGUUUCUGUGGUAUUAUCAAAAAAUUGCAAACAGAAAAAAGUGAUUAUAUGAAGUUUAUAUCUAAAUGUCUAAUAGAUGCUAAAACCUUAGGUGUUACCUCUAAAAUAAAUACAAUACGGGUUUCUGUAGCGACAUUUAUUGUAUUAUUUACAAUAUUAAUAACUGUAUUUGUUUUUUAUAGAUAUAAUUUUUUUGGAUUCUAUUUACAACGAAGAUUAAGAAAGAUAAGAAAUAACUGGAAUAAUAAAAAUAAUGAGAAUUAUAUAUUAAAUGAUAUCUUUGGAAUGAAAUACCAUGAUUUAAUUCAGGAUGAAUACAAAAUAGAAUACGCCUCAAAAAACUAUUAA